UGUAGUAAAACAGUAAUCAUACUUACACACCUACAUUACAUGUGUACCAAGCUUUGUAUUGAAACAGUAAUCAUACUUACACACCUACAUUACAGGUAUACCAAACUUUGUAGUGAAACAGUAAUCAUACUUACACAACUACAUUACAGGUAUACCAAGCUUUGUAGUGAAACAUAAUUCAUACUUACACACCUACAUUCCAGAUGUACCAAGCUUUGUAGUGAAACAGUAAUCAUACUUACACACCUACAUUACAGGUGUACCAAGCUUUGUAGUGAAACAGUAAUCAUAAUUACACACCUACAUUACAGGUGUACCGUACAUUUUAGUGAGUUGGUUAGGUAACAUGUAAUAUCUGUAUAUAUACAUACACCUACUUUACAGGUUUUCCCAUAAAUUGUAGUAACAAGGUCAGUAAACGCACCUACAUUUCUUAUGUACCGAUACAGAAAUUCAAACUGUUGGUCGUUGCCGAACAGGUUAGAGUGAUAAUAUGUUUAAAAUAUAAAACGCAAAUACACAAUCGAAUUGACUGCAUUGACUAUAUAAUCUAGCUGUUUGUUUGUGGUAUGUGUAACGUCCUUGAAACAACUUUGUCAUAUAUGGACGCGUAAUCAAGCGUACUCUAUACGUCAGGGCAAGCUAACUGUCAAUAAGGCAACCCGUAUCUUUUAAGUGAGACACAAGUAUUCAUCGACCGAUGCAUGGUUUACAUUCAAUAUCAAUAUCAACCUAUUUUGUUAAUGUUAUCAAAUAAUGUAUCAUUUCGUAUUUUUAAUAUGAAAAAAACCAAUUGUAAAAUUCACAAGAAAAUAUAACGCAAUACAUUGUAGAGUUCCAUGUGAUCUAUUUAUAAAUUUAUGUGAUAGUAAACAACACGUACAGGUCGCUGUCACAGAUUUAUACAUAGGGUGGCAUAUCUACAUUCAGAACAUGUUCCGGGUGAAAACACACCGUCAACAUGGCUGCUGUGUGGAUUGUGUCGGCGUUAGUUUGGUGUCUCUACUCGGGUGUACAAGGUGAUAUUUCUGUAACAACGACAGUAAACCCAGUGGGACUUCUUGGAGACAAUGAAGUGGAACUUGUGUGUACAUACAGACUUGCAUCCGUUGAUACAGUGUUUUCCAUGUCAUGGAAAAGGGAGACGUCAAAAGACUCUGGGACAUAUGAACAAAUAGCAGGGUUUAGUCCACCAAGAGCAUCACAACGUCCUGCAACGUUAAACAAUUUAACCAACCCUUCCGUUACUGGACGAGUAGUUCUAACAAACCCAACAUAUUCCUCUCUCACGGCCAAGAUGAAAUUUAUAAGUGUGGUAUGUGGUGAUGAGCGUAAAUACCAAUGUACUGUACUUGGACUAAACAAUGAUGCACAGGCCAAUCCGACUCCGGCAAGCGUCAACAGUCUUAUAGUCGUAGCAAAGCCUAACGCCAGAACAUUUCAUGAAGUGGAAUUGGUGCCGUCAUCUAAUGUUGAGGAGGGACAGACGGUCACGUUCACUUGUACCGGUAAUGUUGGUCGGCCGGCAGGGAACUUCUUAUGGACCAGGUUAAGUAGUACCAUAGACGGUACCGGUACCCCCAUAGACUCUACCACACAGACAUCCCCUAGUGCCGACUGUACCUACACCGGCAGUAGUGUCAUCUCUAUACAGAUGACCAAAGACGACAAUGGUAUCGUUGUUAAGUGUGCCUUACAACAGGAAACCAUCAGCGACCCCAGAGACACCGCCUACUUUAAACUAACUAAUGUCAUCAACGUGUUUUACAAAGUGAGAGCGCCUACCAUUACAAAGAGUCCAAAUAAAGCAGUUCAUUACGAGGACACCACCUUGACCUUGACCUGUGCUGCUGAGGGUAACCCUACUCCUACGUAUGUUUGGCGGGUUAAUGGAACACAAGUCGGCACCUCAGCACAGCUUCAACUGACCAACAUCAAGAUUGCCCAAUCAGGAGACUAUGUCUGUGAGGCCACGAACAACUUUAACGGGAACACGUACAACAUGUCCAGUACAGUCGACAUUACCAUAGAAACUCCCCCUUCCACUAUACCGACGACAACAGAGACCGACGAUCGAGAUUCAACACGCCUGUACACAGCUGGUGUUGUGAUGUUGUGUGUAUUGGUGAUCCUGCUGAUAGUGACAGUCGUACUCGGGAUAUUCAUUGGUCGUAACAAAGGACUGCCUUGUUUCAAAAUUUCAAAAAUGGAGGAAUCAACUCACUUUCAAAGAGUGCAUCAUUCAGUAAGUACAAUCCAAGAUGAAGACGAAAGAUCUCGAUACCAACAACUAGACUCGGCUGAUAUUGCUGGACCAUCUGUGUAUCAGGCGCUCGGACAACCUCCUAACGGUGAACAAGGCCGCUUAGACAGAAAUGAUGAUAUGAUAAAAGAUAAGCCCGCCCCCAGUCUUUACGACGAGGUACAUGGACCAGGGGACGGUUAUACCAGGUCCUACGUCAACAUGGCUUUUUCCGGGAACACACCAACUGUCGGAAAAUAGCGUUAAACCAGGGCCCAGACUAUAAAAAGAAAGAGGCGGAGCCUAAAUUUGAAAAUGUCUGUUUUUUAGCUGCAAUUAAGAGCUCAGACAAAUAUUUUCAAUAAAAUCAAAAGUUUCAGGAAAAUAAGAACAACAGACUACACAUUAACAAAAUCGUUGAUACAUCGUGGAUAAUUUCACGAGAGGGCAAAUCAAUAUUUCUCACCGUUUUCUAAUAGUAUUAACACAAGUACAAUGUGUUUACGUAGUUCUGUAUCGAUUUGGUUGUUGUAUUACUGUUUUUGUCGAACAUUUGUUAUGUAUAGUUUUCUUUAUUUCUUAAUUAUUUUGAAAAAAUUGUAUACACACUAAAUAUGCUUUUUUAUAUCACAUUUAAUAUUAAUAUCACACUAAGUUCCGCUCAGAUUUUUUUCUUAUUUCUUACAGUUGAUAAAAAAGACAUUUGCUCUGAAUAAUUUAAGAAUGUACUCAUCUGAGAUUCAAUUCACGUUCGAAUCUGGUAUUGAACUAGUGAAACGGGUUUCUAUAAAAUUUAU